UAUCUCUUACACCAAUUGCUCGAUCUCACCCCCAUCACAAUUCUCUAAACCAAAAGCCCGCCAGCACUCGAACGUAGUUAUAGUUAUAGAGACGCAUCAUGAAGAGGCAAGACACUCUUCUGUCGUCGUCUUCCCGCCGGGAAGCCAUGCCGGAGAACCACCAUGCCGCUAAGGCCAUUGGCUGCAUGUCCGGCAUUUUCCACUUCGUCUGCAAAUACCAACGCCGCCGGAAAUUUCUCACUUUUGGUCGAAAGUACGACAAGAAUGAAGCCUCGUCUCCCACAAAGUCCCAGACGUCGGCCAAAACCGCAGAUAUAGAUGCCGCCGGCGCCGUCCGGCGAUUCUCAUGCGACGUCCAGAGGAGCCCAACACUCCCGGCGGAAAUCCGGCGGUCAAAUUCCGCCAACUCACCUACAAACUUCCGAACUCCCCCAGCUUUAGUAGCGCGGUUGAUGGGGCUGAACGUAAUUCCAGCGGCACCGGCAUCGCCGGAAUCUACGGCCGAGAAAAGACAGAAGCUUCUGGGAGCGUUGGAGAAAUGCGACGAGGAUUUGAAGGCGCUUAAGAAGAUCAUCGAUGCCGUACGGUCGGCAGAGAACCUCCGGUCAUCGCCGGCGGUGAAGGGCCUCGAUGGUGAAGAUAAAGUUCGAACAACUUAUGGAAGAGAGGAAUGGUCAUCAGGCGAGAGUGAGUUAAGCAAAAAGGGCAAAAGUUGUUCGGAGUUUAACAGCGAGCAACCGAGUCCGGUGUCUGUGCUCCACGAGUUCAGUCGUCCACUUCCCAGCCCUUGCCCCAAAAAGCAUCUCUACGGACGAGUUCAUCCCCAUCAGCAUCAGCAUCAUCAGCAGCAGCAGAGGAGGAAGCCAGGAGAAGAAGACAUAAUGAAUCUAUGCUUCUUCAGUAGGCUCAGCAGCGAAUCGACGGAGGCAAAGGAGGAGAAGUCGGAGUCGGCAGUGUGCGGAAGCAAGGCAAUGGUGGAGAGUGUAGAGGAAGUGUGUAGGGACAUUGCAUGGGGAGAGAGGAGGGAGGUUGGGAGAAUAGGGUUGGUUUUACAGGACUUCAUUUGCAGAGACUUAAUUGAAGAGACUGUCGCUGAGAUGGGUUAUGUUUCCUCCAUGUAUUCACUCCCCUUUGAGGCCUGCAAGAGAAAACUUUGUUUCUAGUUCACUUUGCAUUUUAAUA